GCACUCCGGGGCUUUAAAUAGGAACUCUCACCAAACUUUGGCACAACGAGAGCAUCAGAAAACUUCCAGCAGCUCGCAGUGGAAACCACCAGUUUGAUGCAGAAUGGAGCUCUACAGGCGACUGGGGAUGAGAGACACUGUACUGGCUCUGUUGCUCACUAUCUUACAGGGGUUUCCUAUCGGAGAGACGGUCCCGAACCCGUCGCCCCUGGUCGGAUCCAACUGGGGGAACCCGAGGAGAUAUGUUCACCUGCAGACAUCCACAGACCUUAACAACUUCUACUUGGAGAUCAGAUUAGAUGGCGCUGUGCGCAAAAGUACAGCCAGAACGUCAUAUAGUGUGAUUUUAUUAAAAGCUGAAACGAGGGAGCGCAUCGCCAUCCUCGGCGUUAAAAGCAGCCGUUACCUGUGUAUGGAUCUGGAGGGCAACCCGUUCAGCUCGCCUACGUGCCUCAAGGACGACUGUUUGUUUAACCACAAGCUUCUAGAGAACAACCGGGACGUGUACUACUCCACCCGGACCGGCAUCCUGGUAAACCUGGAGGGGUCCCGGCAGGUGUAUUCAGUGGGUCAGAACCUGCCGCAGACCUCCCUCUUCAUGCCCAAGAAGAACACGGUACCGCUGGAGCGCCUCCUGCUGCACAGGGAGAAGAGGAACCGGAUUGUGGAUCCCUCAGACCCGUACAACGUCUACCUGUGGCAGACUGAGGAGGGCUCUGACUCCCAGGCCGUGCCGGAGGACGACGCUGUGCCUGAGGACGACGCCGACCUGGAGGUGGAGGUAGAGACGGAGGCUGGGGAUGACGGGCGCAACGUGUCUCGUGAGACGCCUCUUGCUCCGUCUACGCACGACCCCUGGAACGUACACUCGUCUAAACAGGCCAGCCCCCGGAGCACCGGAACCAUGGGCUGA